GCUUCCCCUGUUCUAGUCCGCCGCGGCCCGGACCCGCGCUAGUCCACUCCGUGCACUCCGUGCUGCAGCGCCGCGGCCCUCUGAGGCCCUCACCGCCACCAUGUCGCUCACCGUCCUGGAGAAGGUCGGCAUCGUCUUCAUCGUCGUGGUCGCCGUGCAGUUGGUGCGGCGGCUGCUGCAGCUCCUCUACGACCAUGUCAUCGCGCCGGCCCUGCACAUGAACGUCGACUUCACCAAGUUCAAGGGGACCUGGGCAGUGGUGACUGGCGCCACCGACGGCCUGGGCAAGGCGUACGCCGAGGCGAUGGCGCGCCGGGGCCUCGACGUGGUCCUCAUCAGCCGCACCAAGGCCAAGCUGGACACCGUCGCGGCUGACAUAGCGGCCCAGUACAACGUGCGCACCAAGGUGAUCGAGGCCGACUUCACCGGCGGCGACGAGCUGUACGACGCCAUCGACAAGGAGCUCAUGGGGCUGGACAUCUCGGUCCUGGUCAACAACGUGGGCAUGAGCUACCCCCACCCCGAGUACUUCCUCGGCCUGCCGGACAGGUCCAAGGUGUUCCAGAGCAUCCUCCGCUGUAACGUGCACUCGGUGACCAACAUGAGCCUGCUGGUGAUGCCGCGCAUGGUGGAGCGCAAGAAGGGCGUGGUCAUCAACGUGUCGUCCGCGACGGCGCUCUUCCCCUCGCCGCUGCUCACCGUCUACGGCGCCACCAAGGCGUACGUGGACAAGCUGUCCGAGGACCUGCAGGCCGAGUACGGCAGCCAGGGCGUGACGGUGCAGUGCAUCCUGCCCGGCGUCGUGGCCACCAACAUGAGCAAGGUGCGCAGGGCCACCUGGAUGUCGCCCACGCCCGACCAGUUCGUCGAGUCCGCGCUCAAGAGGGUCGGCAUCCUGGAGAAGACCCCCGGCUACUACCCGCACAGCCUCCUGGUGUGGGCCAUCCAGCUGAUGCAGAGCAUCUCCCCCACGCUGUGCCUCUACGUCAUCAAGAACACCAUGCUCAACGUGCGCGAGAGAGCUCGUCGCCGGUACGCCUCGUGACCAAGUCCCUGACGACGGCGUCCUCCAGCGCCAACCCGUCGCGACCGUCGGCAAGCCCGUCGCUAGCCGCCGCGGCCGCAAGGGCCAGUCGGCCCUAUGUUUGGACUGAACGACACGGGGCAAACGAGGAAGGCGAGAACGAGAUCGGGGAACGUUAGGACCAAGUCUUAGUUGUAACGUUUCAAACUGUGUAAUUAGAGAUUCGUUUUCUCUAGAGGCUAUCGUUGGAACGUAUACUGUUAUGGAAGGUUGACGACAAUAAUUUGUUUCUACAACCUUGUUAUUUCCCAGACCAAAGAAAGUUCAUUUGCUUUGACUAUGGUUCAGAGUAAUUUAUGAAGGAUUGCUGGGAAAGUAAUUGCAUGACCCCAAACCCUGAAGAACAGUAGGUUUGACAAAUAUAAGACUGUUGCAUUACGAUUAUAGAUUCACUUCCAGCACUGACGUGCGUUUGUUUUUGUUAUUAUAUUGUUGCUCGUUUUUACAAUUCUUGUGAUGUUAUAUUUUUAAUGUAUUUGUUCUUGUGAUGAUGCGAUGUCAACACAUGGGAUUUGUAAAGGAAGACGAUUAAAGUUAUUUGCUGAAGGAAAACAACAAA